GCAAGUAAAGCAAGCAAGUUCUUGCGCAAGGGAAUAAUAUCGAGUUUUGCUCAUUUUCACGGACACAAGUCUAGUAUGGCUUUGUCUACCCAUCCCGUAGAGAUUGAGAACCUGUUGGCCCUCAAUCCAAGGAUACCAGGCAAAGCAAACUUUGUUCCAACAGCUGUAACGAAGAAGAACAAGAAACACUGGAAACGCAAUGAAGGAAGAAAUUGUAGUUCAUGUAAUACUUUGGAAAAUGACUUUGAUGAUAUCAAGCACACUACAUUGAGUGAACGAGGAGCAUUGAAAGAAGCAUCCAGGUGUUUGAAAUGUGCUGAUGCUCCAUGCCAGAAGAGCUGUCCCACUCAGCUUGACAUCAAACACUUCAUUUCCUGUAUUGCUAACAAGAACUACUAUGGAGCAGCCAAAGCCAUUUUCAGUGACAACCCAUUAGGACUAACAUGUGGAAUGGUUUGUCCUACAAGUGACCUUUGUGUAGGUGGWUGUAAUCUCUAUGCAUCUGAAGAAGGGCCUAUUAACAUAGGGGGGUUGCAGCAGUUUGCCACAGAGAUGUUCAAGGACAUGAAAUUGCCUCAAAUUAGAGAUCCAAGCUUACCACCACUUGAUAAGCUACCUGAAAGUUUUGAUUCAAAGAUUGCUCUUCUUGGAUGUGGCCCUGCAUCCAUCAGCUGUGCAACUUUUCUUGGUCGCCUUGGCUACAAGAACUUAACAAUAUUUGAGAAGGAGGAGUAUAUUGGUGGAUUAAGUUCAUCAGAAAUACCUCAGUAUCGCCUUCCUUAUGAAGUAGUUGACUUUGAAGUUCGGCUUAUGACAGACCUGGGCGUGAAGGUUGAAACUGGUAAACCUUUGAGUGCUGCCGGUGGUCUAACUGUCAAGUCACUAAAGGAUGAUGGAUACAAAGCCAUCUUUUUGGGAAUAGGUCUUCCACAGCCCAAACAAUAUCAUGUUUUUGAAGGAUUGACUACAGACAAUGGCUUCUACACUUCCAAGGAUUUUCUCCCUAUUGUGUCAGGGGGAAGCAAGCCAGGCAUGUGUGCUUGUAAGAACAAGAUUCCACAGUUAAAUGGUAGUGUCAUAGUUCUUGGUGCAGGUGACACUGCCUUUGACUGCUGUACCUCUGCCUUAAGAUGCGGAGCUAGAAGAGUCUUUGUAGCUUUUAGAAAAGGUUUUACUAACAUCAGAGCUGUUCCAGAAGAGAUGCAACUUGCUGUGGAUGAAAAGUGUGAGUUUCUGCCAUUCAUGUCUCCCAAAAAGAUUCAUCUUAAAGAUGGCAAAAUCUGUGCAAUGGAGUUUUACAAAACGGAACAGCUUGAAGAUGGCACAUGGGUUGAGGAUGAAGACCAGACUCUGAAAAUAAAGGCAAACUAUGUCAUCUCAGCCUUUGGAUCUACAUUGAGUGAUGAAAAUGUUGCCAAAGCACUGUCGCCAGUCAAAAUGAAUAAAUGGGGACUACCUGAAGUCAACAUGGAAACCUUAGCAACCAGUGAAGAGGGAGUAUACUGUGGUGGUGACUUGGCUGGAGUUGCUAACACUACUGUUGAAUCUGUCAAUGAUGGUAAACAUGCAGCAGCUUCUAUUCACAAAUAUCUGCAGUCCCUUCAUAAUGUUGCUCUUCCUGAUAAACCAGCACUGCCUAGGUUUUUCACACCUGUAGAUGAAGUCGAUCUCAGUGUUGAGAUCUGUGGACUUAAAUUCCCCAAUCCUUUUGGCUUAGCAAGUGCACCACCAACUACAACAUCAGCAAUGAUKAGAAGAGGAUUUGAGGCUGGUUGGGGAUUUGCUUUGACUAAAACCUUUGCUUUGGAUAAGGAUAUUGUCACCAAUGUCUCCCCUCGUAUAGUGCGUGGGACAACUUCUGGACACAUGUAUGGACCAGGUCAGGGCUCUUUCUUGAACAUUGAAUUGAUCAGUGAGAAAACAGCUGCCUACUGGUGCCAGUCAAUUACUGAACUAAAGAAGGACUUCAAAGAUCAGAUACUGAUUGCCAGCAUUAUGUGUGGUUACUCAAAAGAGGACUGGACAAAACUAGCAAAGAUGGCYGAGGAAGCUGGAGCAGAUGCUUUGGAGUUGAAUUUGUCAUGUCCUCAUGGCAUGGGAGAGAGAGGCAUGGGUCUAGCCUGUGGACAGGACCCAGAGCUUGUAAGGAAUAUUUGUCGUUGGGUAAGAGCAGCCAUUAAGAUUCCUUUCUUUGCUAAGUUAACUCCUAAUGUCACUGACAUUGUCAACAUUGCAAGAGCUGCAUAUGAAGGUAAAGCUGAUGGAGUGACAGCUACAAACACAGUGUCUGCUUUGAUGGGCCUUCAAAACUCUGCUGCAGCCUGGCCAAGUGUUGGGCAAGAGAAAAAGACCACCUAUGGYGGGAUGUCAGGAAAUUCAAUUCGACCAAUAGCACUCCGUGCUGUGUCAGCCAUCUCCCGUGCUCUUCCUGGUUAUCCUAUCCUGGCUACUGGUGGAGUUGAUAGUGCUGAUGCUGCUCUGCAGUUCCUACAUUGUGGGGCUUUAGCUGUUCAGGUUUGCAGUGCAGUCCAGAACCAAGACUUUACUGUUGUGGAUGACUACAUUGUUGGACUGAAAUGUUUGAUGUACAUGAAAUCGUCAGAUGAAUUUAAUAACUGGAAUGGUCAAUCAAAGCCUACAAUAAGGCAUCAGCUUGGCAAACCUGUACCAAAGAUUAAUGAUGUGGUUGGGAAGGGCCUUCCUAACUUUGGUCCAUAUUUACAACAAAGAAGAGAAGCAAUUGCAAAGUACAAACGAGAAAAUGACGUUAUCACWGAAGAAGCAAAGCCACCCAAAGUCAGAUCUCUUGUCAAACAAGCAAAACCUACCCCAUCAGUUAAGGAUGUAGUUGGUCUUGCCCUGGACAAGAUUGGUACAUACAACGAUCUUGAUAACAAACAACAAGUGAUAGCCAAGAUUGACGAAGAGAUGUGUAUUAACUGUGGAAAAUGUUUCAUGACUUGUAAUGACUCUGGUUACCAGGCCAUCAAGUUUGACCCUAUCACACACAUUCCACGCAUUACUGAUGACUGCACUGGGUGUACAUUAUGUGUUAGUGUGUGUCCUAUUAUAGACUGUAUCACCAUGGUUACAAGACCAACUCCCUAUGUACCAAACCGAGGUGUCCCUCUUGCUGUCAUGGCAGAGUCUUGAACAAUAAUMCUAAUAAAUUAUUAACCAAAUCAUGACUAUCUAGUAUUCAGGAUGUGUAUUAUUACAAAUUAAUAUAUACUUUUUUGAUAAUCUUUUCUUGAUAAUCCCAUGUUUCUUUAAAAUGAUUCAAUGGUGGUGUAUAAUCUUUGAGAAGUAUAAUCUAGGCUGCCCACUCUGUGAAUGCAUACACUCUUGUACCAGUCCAAGUCACCCUCAAUAUCAAAGCCAUGAGUGUUGUGGUAUAAAGCUAUUUCCAAACAACCAAUUAUAUUCACCGAUUUGUGUCCAAGUAUAAGAAAUAAAAUUGCUUUUGCAAAAACUG